CGCGUGGGAACAGCGGGAAAAUGGCGGCGCCCAUGAGGCGGGGGAGCCGCGGCCCCGAGCCCGGCGCGGCUCCCUACGGGAACUUCCCGAAUUAUUCCCGGUUCCACCCGCCCGAGGGGCGCGUCAGCCUCCUGCCCCAAGGGCUCCUGUGCAGCCUCUUCCCCGCGGCCACCCGCCCGCUUCUCGGGCUCGAUGUGGGCUGCAAUUCUGGGGAGCUGAGUGUGGCUCUGUACCAGCACCUCCUGGGGCUCCAGGACAGCAAUUCCAGCCCGGAGCCAGUGGGAGCCAGGAAGGAGCUGAAGCUGCUGUGCUGUGACAUCGAUCCCGAGCUGAUCCAGAAGGCCCAGCAGAGCAGCCCCUUCCCUGCCUCCAUCUCCUUUGCCAACCUGGACUUCAUGGAUUCCGGGGCCAGGGAGCCAUUCCUGAGCUCCUACCUGGAGCGCUUCGGCCGCUCCUCCUUUGACAUCGGCUUCUGCAUGUCUGUGACCAUGUGGAUCCACCUGAACCACGGGGACAGGGGCCUGCUGGAAUUCCUGGCCCUCCUGGCCUCCCUGUGCACGUUCCUGCUGGUGGAGCCGCAGCCCUGGAGGUGUUACCGGGCGGCCGCGCGCCGGCUCCGGAGGCUGGGCCGGGACGACUUCGAGCACUUCCGAUCCCUCCAGAUCAACGGGAACAUGGCCGAGAGCAUCACCCGCAUCCUGACGCAGGAAUGUGCCAUGGAGCUCGUCUGCUGCUUUGGGAGCACCAGCUGGGACAGGAGCCUCCUGCUCUUCAAAUCCACCAGUGCCCAUCCUGAGGGCUCCGACUGAGGAAAAGCCUUGCACAUCCAUGGAUUCGUGGGCAAGGAGGCAGAUCUGGGAAUUCCUAAAUCUCUGUUGGGACCAGGCCUUGACUUCCCACGGAAAUCCAAGGCAAGGAAUGUCUGUGACUGAUCUUUUGGGACAGUUUUAACCGGCUUUGUGAGGUUGUUCAAGGAAGUGCUCCUGGAAUCCAAGUUCCUACAUGUGCUUUUCAUGUGUAUCAAGAAUAUUCCCUGGAAUAACAGGGAAUAUGCCCAAGGAAAUGUAGAAUGUCCUGGUUGAAGUGGCUUCACAAGUCCACUUGAGUCCAGCCCCUGGCCCUGCACAGGAUAUCCCAAAAAAACCCCACUAAUCCCAAAAUCCUGAUGCCCAAGUUGUCCAGACAUUCCCAGACCUCCAGAAUCGUAGAAUAUCCAGAGCUGAAAGGGACCUAUCACAGAGUCAUGGAACAUCUGGAGUUGGAAGGGACCCACCUGGAUCAUUGAGUCCAACCCCUGGCCCCGCACAAGACAUCCCAAAAUCCCACCCAGUGCCUGAGGGUGUUGUCCAAGCACUCCCUGACCUCCAGAAUUAUGGAAUAAUCAGAGUUGAAAGGGACCCACAAGGAUCAUGGAAUCAUGGAGUACCCUUAGUUGGAAGAGACCUCCAAGAAUCGUCAGCUACAACUCUUGGCCCAGGACAACUCAAAAAUCCCACUGAUCCCAAAAUCCCAGCACCCUGAGCUCUGGCUUCUUGGGGCUGUCACUAUUCCCUGGGGAGCUGUUCCAGUGCCUGAUACCCUGUGGAUGAGGAACCUUUUCCCAAAAUCCACCCAAAACUUCUCCCAGGACUCAGGUGAGGCACCUGCAGGACAAUCCCCUCCCUGGACCCAGCACUCCUGGCUCCACUCUCCUGGGACAGGGAUUCAUCCCAAACAGUG